AUGGCGUGCAGCGUUAGUGGAAAAGCCGUGAAAGUGGUGCAUAUCGAUACCCAGUACGUGGAAACGGACCCCUUAAACUUCAAGUCUGUUGUUCAGAGCUUUACUGGUAAGGAUUCUUGCGUUGCAUGGAUAGAGAAGAGCUCCUUCGGCGCCAACAAGAGAAAAAGACCCGUCACUGUGAAUAAUGGUGGCGGCUCCGAGAUCAGGCCAUCAUGCCGCGGCCAUGAUAAUGGUAGUGCUGUUGGCAGUGGAAAUCGCCAUGUUUCGGUGUUAUCGAAGGGCAUGUCGUUUAAAGACUUGGAUCGGAUGAUCUUGGAGGCUCCUCCAACGGAGGAAUUAAUGCAAUGGCUCAUGUGGACCGAGUAG